AUGGCGACCCCAGCAUCGUGGCGACAGUUCCAGCUCUUUGACUUCACCCCGAUACGUGACCCGAACAGCUCCGCCGACGAGCCGGCGCUAUGGAGUGAUGCGUCAGUGUCUGCAAUCACUGCCACGUCAGAGUAUUUGAUUGUCGCUGACCACAAUGCAUACCUCAAAGUGGCGUCCACCACCGACUUUACCCUCCAAGCGCAGUUUAUUGCCUAUGACCUCACCUACCGAAUCACCUAUGUCUAUCCCGUACCCAAUCUGACGAUGGUGGUCACCUUGGCCGAGUACCAGGGGCAGCCAGCAGUGAUUAAGCUUUGGGAUUUGACCAAGAUCGUCGGCGACAAGGGCGAGCAGGAUCUCCGCUACCAGUACCACUCACAGGUGAGUGUCACCAACGGCAGCAACUCGUACCCCGUGGUGUCGUUUGACUUUACUCCCGAUCUCGCUUGCUUUGCUGUCGGCUAUGCUAACGGCAAAGUGGUGUUGGUUCGAGGAGAUAUAUUGCGCGACCGAGGCAGCAAACAGCGUGUGGUGUAUGAAUCAAACAAUCCGAUCACCAGUGUUCACUUCCACCACGAUUGGGAGUCACAGAUCCUUUUUGUCACUACGACUCUGCAAGUUGUCACUGUCUUUACCGCCGGACGGAAUCACGCCAAACCGCAAAAGGUGUUGCUGGGUCUGGGCGUUGACGUCCACUGCAGCGAUAUCACACCAGAACUGAAUCAAUUGGUCACAGGAACUCCAACCCACAUCAACUUUUACGAUCCACAAGCUAAAAUCAAGGCGAUCAAAUACGAGAUUGCCAAAUCACGGGUAGUGAGUGUUGGCGAGAAUUACUUACUUGUGGCCACCACGGAGGAGACGGGGGACCGCCACAAACAGCUUGUGUCACGGGUGAUCAUUUUGGACUUGAAGCAUAAUCAUGUGGCAUUUAAUCUCUUGAUUCCGCGAGCGAUGAUCCGGGACGUAUUUGUAACCGGUCUCAUCGUAUACUUGCUGUGCAACGAUGGCGUGUUAUACAAAAUCGAGGAGAAACCCAUCAACCAGAAGGUUGAGUUGAUCAUGCAACGCCAAUUGUUUCAAGUUGCGUACUCGUUGGCAGAAGACGCAAAUCUUGGAGAGGCAUUUUUGUUGAAGAUUCAAAGGCUCCAUGUCCAGUUUCUUUACGAUGAGCAAAAGUACACCGAAGCAAUCCAAGUGGCGAUAAGCACUUUGGACUUAUUUGUAAAGCCAACCACUAUUGAGGAUGAAUUUGAUGAUUUCGUCAUGUCCAUCAUCAUCAAGUAUAAUGAAACGGGUAACAUUGCUAGUCUCACUGAAUUUCUUCUGGCGUUGUGGAAAAAGGGACUUGCCACUAAUGAUCACGUUACGUUAUUGCUUUGUUGCUACUGCAAAUUGAAACAAUUGGAUGAGCUUAAUGAGUUCAUUACCACCAUCAACAUUGAUGAUCCUAAACUUCAGCUGUUGGACUUCCCUUUGCUUAUCAAUCUUUUCAAGGAGUGUGGCUACUACGAGCUGGCGAUCAAAUUACUUCAAAAGCUUAACCAACCCAAUUUAAUCGUCGAGAUUCAACUCAAGGAUCUUCAUCAACCUAAAGCGGCAUUGCGUUUGAUCAAACAGCUUCCAGUGGAUGAUUUGCUUUUAAUCAUGAUUGACUACAGCAAGACAUUAUUGGACUACCAUCCUAUCGAAACUACCCAAUUGCUUAUCGAGGUAUUUACGGGUCAAUACUCUCCCGAUACUGAAGUUGAAGACCAUGCGGUGCUGGCAGCGCUGGCUCCGGAGGAGACCAAGAAUGAAGGUGUAGUACUCACCAGUUACCAAGCGUUUGUCACUUAUUUGCUGGGUCGAAGCGAACCUGAUGAAGAACCAACUGAGGUGUCUAAAGCUCCCACCUAUCUCCCUCCUCGGCCCCAUCUCAUUUUCCCUUCCUUCCUCAAUCAUCCCCAUGAAUUCGUCAUUUUCCUCGAAGCGUGUCUUUCCAGUUAUGAUAAGUACCAAGGUAAUGUUAGUGACAAGAAGGAGAUUCUCACCACGCUAUUGGAGAUGUACUUGAAACUUGCUCAUGGUGAGAAUGGCGACGAAUGGAAGAACAAACCCACUGAGCUUGUUAAGGCUCACGGUGGCUUCUUUGAUGACCUGCAACUUUUACUUAUCAGUCACAUAUACGACUUUGACUAUGGCGAGAUUGCUGCUAAGGAACAACUGGGAUACCAGCUGAGUCUUUUUGCUCUGUACCAAGCCAAUGGAGAUGUCGCCAAGUGUAUGAAAAUUGUUAGGGAAGUCGGGUCAACUAAGCCUGAGUUCUACCCGCUUAUGCUCAAGAUGCUUGUCCUGCUGAAGGCAGCGUUUGACCAAGCGAAACCAGCUGAUUUCCGGUGGAUAUUGGAUGAAAUCAAGAAGCAUAAGCUCAUGACUCCGCUCGAGAUCCUUCAGACACUUACUCUGGGAGGUCAAGAAUAUGUCACGUUAGGGUUGGUUAAGGACUACAUGAUUGACUACAUUGAACAACAACAGCGUGAAAUCACCAACAACACCAAGCUCAUCGAGCACUACGAACAAGAACUGUCAGCAAACUCCUUAAAGCUUACCGAGCUUACCUCGAAACCGUUUGUCCUUCAAAACACCAAGUGCAGCGAGUGCGAUAUGCGGCUUGACUUUCCUGUGGUCCACUUCAAGUGCAAGCAUCUGUACCACCACAAGUGUCUCUCCAAUAAUCUCGUCGCCACCACACAGAUCGCCAAUGGCAGCGCGCGGCUGUCGUCAGCAUUACACUGUCCCAAAUGCUUCGGUCACGUUGAUGACGAUCGUGACUUCACGCUGACGGACGAAGUGGAGAUGUUUGAUCUGCUUUUAGCCAACAGCAACGAUAAGUUUAAGGUGAUCACUGAGUACUUGGGGAAAGGGGUGAUGGAGUCGUCGCUGAUGUGGAUCGAAAGCCAAGGUGUUUAA